ACAACCAACUUUUGGAUUCCGACAUUUUUGUAGAGGCAACAUUUGAAGACAGCGAUAUUAAACCACAAACAAAGGUCCUUAAACGUAUUGAUACUUCACCAUAAGCCCAAAGGUGGCUAUUGUCAGAAAUGGCUACCUCUUCGGGGAUUUCUAAAGCCAACGUGGAGGGCCUGCCAAAGCUACCAGUUCUGCCCCCAAUAGAAAAACUGAGGGGAGCUUUGGAGAGCUCCAUUAUUGCACAAAAUGAGAUGGCGGAAGAAAUAAAGAAGAGAGAAGAGGCUCACAAGAAGCUACUGAGACAAAGGAGAACAAUGCAAGAAAAACAUUUCCAAAUGACAUUGAUCUCCAGAGCAGUGGAGGCUCGCGAAAAGACCAAAGAGAGGGAAGCUAGGCAUGAUCCUCCUUCUCCAGAACCAGAGAUUCCACGCCGAAUGAAAUACAGAUUCAUGAAGCAUUGUGUAGAGAGUCGACCAUUCGCUCCAAUCCAGAAAGAGUGGCUAGACUCAAUGGUUGCCCGAAUUUCACCUGAACUGAGAGGGCGCCCAAAGUCAGAUACACUUCUUAAAGAGCUUUGCACGGAGGUCAUCGAGGAGUUCCACAACGUGAUUGUCCAGUACACAGUGGACUCAGUAUUAAAGGAUCCCGACAGAGUAAAAGAAGAUUCAGAAAUACAGAGAUUUGGCCAACCAACGGUUGAAAGCUUUUGCCAUUGCACCUUUACAAAAAGAGUGAAACUUAUGAAACGAAAACUCCAUAUUCUGCACCCAGUGAUGCAAGCUAUAUUGGAUAUUGGCUUUGUGUCUUUUACCGGUAUGGUUUUACUUGAGUCAUGUAGAUGCAGAGGUUUUGAACCCGUGGAUUGUAAAAGUGUACAGAGAAGUGCAACUGUAGAGUGCGAGAAGAAAGAAUCUGCAAUUAUGAAUAUCUGGUUUCCUCAAAUCAUUCAAUUAUUAACAAAUGAGGAAAUUGUAGGUGAACUGAAAGAGGAGCAGCAGAAUGCUUUUUACAACUGUGCAUCUACCCUCAUGUCCAAUCAGUUGAAGUUCCUGCUUCAGCAAAGUGUAAAAAAGUUUGUCAGCUUUUUCGACCCAAGCAAUCAACACUGCUUGCCAGUGUUCCUCAUGACUUUGACAUUUGAUGAUGGAACAAUGGGCACUUACCCAACUCUCAAAGAUUUAGAAGAUUCUGUUUUGGAGAUACUCAAUUCCAUAGCAAGCUCUCUGCAAAGAGUACAGACUGUGCAGUCUUGGUUGGCCCAAACUUCAUCUCCAUGUGUGGAUGCCAGUGUUCCCGAUGAGGACCUUAUUUGGGCUAAGGUCACUGUGACAAGUGCUGUGCGCAAACAUUUGGAGGAACCUGACAAACAUUUGAAGGCCUAUGUUGAAAGCUAUGACUGGCUUGUGAAUGGAACUGCGCAGAUGCAAGUGGACACUUUUCUGGAAGAGGAGCACACUUUUGAAGAGUUUACUGAACAAGUGGAGGAGUUUCAUGCACUCUCAAGGGAGAUUACCAACCUCCCAUCGAAAGUCUACUUCCCAAUGAUUCAUCUGGGAUGUGAGGAGCUCAAUCAAAGCUUAUGUGAUAAAGCCAAAAUGUUUGCUGACAUGCUUCUGACAACACUGAUCACCAAACAUCGGGAGCAAAAUCUAGAGAUCUGCUCUGAAUUUGAAAUGAUCAAAGAGAAAUCUCAGGAAGUUCCAGAAAACAUAGAUGCUAUGGCUGAGUUGGUAGACUACAUGAAUUUGAGCAAGACAAAGGGUCUUACAGGCCUAAAUGAAAAACUACAGGAAGCAAGCACCAGGCUUAUGUAUCUCUUGAAUGUCCACUUAAUUGAACCAGAGGAUUUGGAACUUAACUCGACUGUUUUUCUUUGGCCCAAAAAUAUACUUGAUGCUUUUGAGCACCACGAUAAGGUGUUGCAGAAUGCCAAGUACAAAGGAGAGAAAGAGCUGGUAGAGAAAAGGGAAAAACUAAUGAUUGACCUUGAAAGAUUGGGAAACUUGUCAGAGCAAAUAGUGGAAUGCUCUCGCCUGGAUAUGUUGCAACAGUAUAUUUCAAAGGUAAGAAUGAUACAGAAACUUCUCCGGGAUGCUGAGGAGGCAGUAGUCAUUGUUAAUAAGGAAGAAGUCUUCUACCAAUGGGACUUGACAUAUUACCCUGAAGUUGAAAGCAUCAAGGAACACAUUGAGCCAUUCCACAAGCUGUUUGUAUUCGUCCUUAAAUGGCAAAACACAGAAAGCAGAUGGAUGGAUGGCUCUUUCUUGGAACUAAAUGGGGAGACUAUGGAAAAUCAAGUGGAUGAGUUUUAUAGGGAGAUUUUUAAAUUACUGAAGUUUUUCCAGCAGAAGCAGUUAAAGGCUGCACAAGAGAAGGAAAAGAUUUCUGGAAUAAAAAAGCAUAAGAUCUCUGAGGAAGAGGUCAAAAGGCAGGAUGACCCAGCAGUAAUUCUGUGUUCUGCUGCUAUGGCACAGAUCAAAAUGUUUAAGGAGUAUGUUCCCAUCGUGUCUGUCUUGUGCAACCCAGGUAUCAGGCAACGUCACUGGGACAGCAUGUCUAAAAUAGUCGAUCAUGACCUAACCCCUAACUCUGGAACAACAUUACGCAAAGUUUUAAAGCAAAACUUAGCACCUUAUCUGACUGAGUUUGAGUCUAUCAGUGCUGCUGCUAGUAAGGAGUUUUCCCUGGAGAAAGCCAUGCAAACCAUGUUGCAAACUUGGGACGGUGUUGCCUUCAGCCAUCAACCUUACAGGGAGACUGGUGUUUCCAUUUUGACUGCUUUGGAUGAUAUUCAGACAAUGUUAGAUGAUCAAAUUGUAAAGACUCAAACAAUGAGGGGCUCACCUUUCAUCAAACCAUUUGAGAAAGAAAUUAAGCAAUGGGAGGAGCGCCUGGUUAACAUUCAGACAAUCAUAGAUGAGUGGCUGAAGGUGCAGGCUCAGUGGCUUUACCUGGAGCCCAUCUUUUCAUCUCAGGACAUCAUGCAGCAGAUACCAGAAGAAGGAAGGCUUUUUCAGGCUGUAGACAGAAACUGGAAAGAGGUCAUGAGGCAUUGUGUCAAAGACCCCAAGAUUCUGCCAGCAACCGCGCUUCCGGGUUUGUUAGAGAAGCUGCUAAAUUCUAACGAGCUCCUUGAUAACAUUAUGAGAGGCUUGAAUGCUUAUUUGGAGAAGAAACGGCUCUUUUUUCCACGGUUCUUCUUUCUGUCAAAUGAUGAAAUGCUUGAGAUUCUCUCUGAAACCAAAGAUCCACUCCUAGUUCAACCUCAUCUGAAAAAGUGUUUUGAGGGUAUUUCCAAACUGGACUUCUUACCCAAUCUGGAUAUUCAGGCCAUGUACAGCAGCGAAGGCGAACGUGUUGAUCUAAUCCAGCGUAUCUCUACAACUGAAGCCAAAGGAGCUGUAGAGAAGUGGCUGAUUCAGGUGGAGGAUGUGAUGCUUCGCAGUGUCAGAGACGUGAUAGCCCGCUCAAGAUUGGCCUAUCCUCAGACUCCACGGGACCAGUGGGUCACAGAGUGGCCUGGACAGGUAGUCAUUUGCACCUCUCAGAUUUUUUGGACUUUGGAGGUUCAUGAGGCCAUCAGAAAAGGGGAGAAAGGUAUAAAAGCCUAUUAUGAAAAACUGAAGAAUCAGCUGAAUGACAUCAUAAAGCUGGUAAGAGGAAAACUUUCCAAGCAAACCCGGAUUACUUUGGGAGCGCUCGUCACAAUUGACGUCCAUGCCCGGGACGUUGUCGUGGACCUUAUAGAGAAAGGCGUGUCACACGAAACUGAUUUUCAGUGGCUAGCUCAGCUUCGUUACUACUGGACCAGUGAAAACGUUCGCGUUCACAUUAUCAACUGUGAUGUUUGCUAUGCCUAUGAGUACCUGGGGAACUCACCACGUCUGGUCAUCACUCCUCUGACUGACAGAUGCUACAGAACUCUGAUUGGAGCUUUCUAUCUUAAUUUGGGUGGGGCACCUGAGGGUCCAGCCGGGACAGGAAAGACUGAAACCACUAAGGAUUUAGCCAAAGCUCUUGCUGUACAGUGUGUGGUCUUUAACUGUUCAGAUGGACUGGAUUAUAUCGCAAUGGGAAAAUUUUUUAAAGGUCUAGCCUCGUCUGGAGCUUGGGCAUGCUUUGAUGAAUUCAACCGUAUUGAGCUGGAGGUGCUGUCUGUAGUGGCUCAGCAGGUUCUGUGCAUCCAGAGGGCCAUAGAACAGAAGCUGGAGUACUUUGAUUUUGAAGGAACCACGCUCAAGCUCAAUCCCAACUGCUUUGUUUCCAUAACAAUGAACCCCGGUUACGCGGGACGCUCAGAGCUUCCGGACAACCUCAAGGUGUUGUUUCGAACUGUGGCCAUGAUGGUCCCAAACUACGCUCUGAUCGCAGAGAUCUCUCUGUAUUCAUACGGCUUCCUCAAUGCCAAACCGCUGUCAGUAAAGAUUGUGAUGACCUACAGGCUUUGUUCAGAGCAGCUCUCCUCCCAGUUUCACUACGAUUACGGCAUGAGGGCCGUCAAAGCAGUGCUCGUGGCUGCAGGAAACCUCAAACUUAAGUAUCCCAAUGAGAACGAAGACAUUCUGCUCCUGAGAUCCAUAAAGGAUGUUAAUGAGCCCAAGUUUCUGUCCCAUGAUAUUCCUUUGUUCAACGGGAUCACCAGCGAUCUUUUCCCGGGCAUCUCUCUUCCUGAGGCCGACUAUAAGCUGUUCUUAGAGUCUGCUACAGAGUGCUGUGAAAAGCAUAAUGUGCAGCCAGCUGAAGUCUUCUUGCAAAAGAUGAUACAGACAUAUGAGAUGAUGAUAGUUAGACAUGGGUUUAUGCUGGUGGGAGAGCCCUUCGCUGGGAAAACAAAGGUGUUGCAUGUUUUAGCUGACACUCUGACUAUGAUGAAUGAGAAAGGACAUGAAGGAGAAGAGAAGGUCGUCUUCAGGACAUUAAAUCCCAAGUCCAUUACUAUGGGACAGCUCUUUGGACAGUUUGACCUGGUUUCCCAUGAGUGGACAGACGGUAUUGUGGCCAACACUUUUCGUGACUUUGCCUUGGGAGACACACCAGAGCGCAAGUGGGUGGUAUUUGACGGUCCCAUAGAUACACUGUGGAUUGAAAGUAUGAACACUGUGCUGGAUGACAACAAAAAGUUGUGCUUGAUGAGUGGUGAGAUAAUUCAGAUGUCCAAUCAGAUGAGUCUUAUUUUUGAAGCGAUGGAUCUGUCACAAGCUUCACCUGCCACAGUCAGCCGAUGUGGUAUGGUCUACAUGGAACCCUCUCAGCUAGGCUGGAAGCCUUUGGUGAUCUCCUGGAUGAACACUCUUCCUGAUCCUCUGAAGUCUAAGGAGAAUCAUGCACUGCUGAUGGAUCUCUUCCUCUGGCUCUUUCCACCUUCCAUCAUUAAGUUACGCAAGCGGUGCAAGGAGGUUGUUUCCACUAGCAACAGUAACACUGCGGUGGCCCUGUGUCGGCUGUUUGAGAUGUUGCUUAUUGAACCAGUAACGGCACAUCCAGAGGACAGAAGCAUUCGCAUCUGGAUAAUGGCAGCUUUUGCAUUCUCCCUGGUGUGGUCUGUGGGGGGUGCUUGUGAUGCAGACAGCAGAGAGAAGUUCAGUCAUUUCUUAAGGGCCACACUUUCUGGAGAAACACAGGAAUGUCCAAUCCCUGAAACAGUUGGGAAAUGGGAGUGUCACAUGGAGGAAAAAGGCCUGGUGUAUGACUACUUUUAUGAGUUUAAAGGAAGAGGAAAAUGGUUUCACUGGAACGAAACAAUUAAGAGCAUCCAAUUGGGAGAUAAAAACACAAAGGCGCAGGACAUCAUUGUUCCCACCAUAGACACCGUUCGCUACACUUAUCUAAUGGACCUCUGCAUCAACCAUGGAGUUCCUCCCCUGUUUGUUGGCCCUACUGGCACUGGGAAGUCUGUUUAUGUGAAGGAGAAGCUGAUGAACAAUCUGGACAAAGACAGUUUUCUGCCCUUUUUCAUCAACUUUUCAGCCCGGACAAGUGCCAAUCAAACCCAGAAUAUAAUCAUGUCCAGGUUGGAUAAGAGAAGGAAAGGAAUGUUUGGCCCUCCACUGGGAAAAAAGUGUGUCAUCUUUGUAGAUGACAUGAACAUGCCUGCCCUGGAGCAGUUUGGUGCUCAACCUCCUGUGGAGCUUCUACGACAGUACAUGGACCAUAGAAACUGGUAUGACUUAAAGGAUACAACAAAGAUCACCUUAAUUGACAUCCAGUUCCUGUGUGCAAUGGGUCCCCCUGGUGGUGGAAGAAAUGCAGUAACGCCUCGCUUUCUUCGGCAUUUCAACAUUGUUAGCAUAAAUCCCUUCAGUGACGACACCAUGGUUCGCAUUUUCUCCAACAUUGUAGCUUUCUACCUCAAAAACAAUGCAUUCGCCCCUGAAUGUUUUACCAUUGGCAACCAAAUAGUGGCAGCUACAAUGGAAGUGUAUAAACAAGCCAUGAAAAACCUUCUUCCAACACCAGCCAAGUCUCACUACACUUUCAACCUACGAGAUUUCUCCCGUGUCAUACAAGGCUGCCUGUUGCUGAAGAAGGAGUCUCUGGAAAGCAGACAUACCAUGACACGCCUGUUCGUCCAUGAAGUCUUUCGUGUCUACUACGAUCGUCUAGUGGACGACAAAGACAGAGCAUGGCUUUACAAACUGAUGAACAGAAUCGUCAAAGAUCACUUCAAAGAUUCCUUUGAACAGGUCUUUGAUCACCUGAAACAAGGCAGCAAACUGGUAGAGGAAGACAUGAGGAAUCUUCUUUUUGGUGAUUACAUGUACCCUGAGCUGGAGGAUGACGAGCGCUUAUAUGCUGAGGUGCCCUCAACAGAAGAGUUUGCUAUGGUGGCGGAAGCGUGUCUCGACGAAUACAACCAGAUGCACAAGACUCGGAUGAACCUUGUCAUCUUCCGCUAUGUACUGGAGCACUUGUCCCGCGUAAGCCGCGUGCUAAAGCAGCCUGGAGGAAAUGCUCUGCUUGCUGGAGUCGGAGGCAGCGGCCGCCAGUCUAUUACCCGCCUGGCCACAUCAAUGGCACACAUGACCUUGUUCCAGCCUGAGAUCUCUAAGAGUUACGGCAUGACAGAGUGGAGAGACGACCUCAAGGUGCUGCUGAAAAAUGCUGGGGUUAAAGGACAGAAGACGGUGUUCUUGUUAACUGAUGCCCAGAUCAAGGAUGAGGGUUUUCUGGAAGAUGUGGACAGUGUCCUGAACACAGGAGAAGUGCCCAAUCUGUUUGCUGUAGAUGAGAAGCAAGAAAUUAUGGAGGCGAUACGUCCGGUUGCCCAGGCUGGCAACAAAAAUCUGGAGCUGAGCCCCUUGACUCUAUUUGCCUUUUUCAUUUCAUGCUGCAGAGAGAACCUGCAUGUGGUUGUUGCCUUUAGUCCUAUUGGAAUCGCCUUUCGAAAUCGUCUGCGGCAAUUUCCAUCUCUAAUAAACUGCUGCACCAUUGACUGGUAUCAGCCAUGGCCAGAAGAAGCUCUUGAGCGAGUAGCCAAUUGCUUCCUGGGUUCUCUGGAGAUGACGGACAAUGAGAGGAUCGAGGUCGUCCCCAUCUGCAAAACGUUUCACACCUCUGCCAAACAACUCUCACAGCAAUUCCUAAAUGAACUAGGGCGCACUAAUUAUGUGACUCCCACGUCCUACCUGGAGCUGAUCGCAACUUUCUAUCAACUCCUGACUCAGAGGAAAGACACUGUCAUGAAGGCAAAACAGAGGUAUACAAAUGGCCUGGAUAAACUGGCCUUUGCUGAAUCUCAGGUUGCUGAAAUGAAAAAGGAGUUGGUAGAGCUUCAACCCAAGCUUGAAGUGGCAAAGAUAGAGAACAACAAAAUGAUGAAGGUGAUAGAAGAAGAAUCGGUUGAAGUAGAAGCCAUAAGUAAAGUUGUGCGAGUUGACGAAGAGGCAGCAACUAUAAAAGCUAGCGAGGCUCAGGCUCUGAAAAAUGAGUGCGAAAGUGAACUGGCUGAAGCCGUCCCUGCUCUGGAAGCUGCUGUCGCUGCCCUGGACACAUUAAAGCCCGCUGAUGUCACUAUUGUGAAGUCAAUGAAAAAUCCCCCAUCGGGAGUGAAACUGGUGAUGUCAGCUGUAUGCGUGAUGAAGGACAUAAAACCAGAUAAGAUAGCUGAUCCAGCUGGGACUGGAAAAAAGGUUCUUGAUUUCUGGGGUCCAAGCAAGAAACUACUGGGUGACAUGAACUUUUUACGAGAUCUCAAAGAGUAUGAUAAGGAUAACAUUCCAGUUGCUGUGAUGCAAAAAAUUCGAAGCGAGUACAUGACGAAUCCUGACUUUGACCCCAGCAAAGUGGCUAAAGCCUCGUCUGCUGCAGAAGGCCUCUGCAAGUGGAUCAAAGCAAUAGAGGUUUAUGACAGAGUGGCAAAGGUUGUUGCUCCAAAGAAGCAGAGUCUUGCAGAAGCUCAGGAGUCCCUGGCGGUCACCGUCGCUCUUCUAGACCAAAAGAGAUCUGAGUUGAAGGAGGUCGAGGACCGCCUAGCAUCACUUCAAAAGACCUUCAAAGAAAAAACACAGGAGAAAGCGCUGCUCGAAUACCAAGUGGAUUUGUGUGCCAAGAAGCUGGAACGGGCUGAAAAACUCAUUGGAGGUCUUGGUGGAGAGAAGACCAGAUGGUCAAAAGCUGCAGAUGACCUGCAGAACACGUAUGACAACCUCACUGGAGAUGUUCUUAUUUCCGCUGGUGUCAUUGCCUACCUGGGAGCUUUUACUUCUGGAUUUAGACAUAACUGCACCAAGACAUGGACCUCUCUUUGUCAAUCUAAGAAUAUUCCAUCAUCAGAUGACUUUUCUCUCAGUAAAACUCUGGGAGAUCCCAUAAAAAUCAGAGCUUGGAACAUUGCGGGCCUUCCCAGUGACUCUUUCUCUAUUGAUAAUGGUGUCAUUGUCAGCAAUUCACGCAGAUGGCCUUUAAUGAUUGACCCGCAGGGUCAAGCCAAUAGAUGGGUGAAGAAUUCAGAGAAGGAAAAUAACUUGAGUGUAAUCAAGUUAACAGAUGGGGACUACAUAAGAACCUUAGAAAACUGCAUCCAGUUUGGGACACCCUUACUGCUGGAAAAUGUGGGAGAAGAGCUAGACCCUUCUCUGGAACCACUACUGCUUAAACAAACCUUCAAACAAGGUGGCGUAAAUUGCAUCAGGCUUGGUGAGUCUGUGAUCGAGUAUUCAGAGGAUUUCCGUUUGUACAUCACCACAAAGCUGAGGAACCCACACUACCUGCCAGAACUGUCUACCAAAGUGUCUCUACUCAACUUCAUGAUCACACCAGAGGGAUUGGAGGACCAGUUGCUGGGGAUUGUAGUUGCUAAGGAGAGGCCAGAGCUGGAAGAGGAGAGAAACGCACUGAUUCUGCAGUCAGCUGACAAUAAGAGACAUUUAAAGGAAAUUGAAGACAAAAUCCUGGAAACGCUACAGUCUUCAGAGGGGAAUAUCCUGGAGGAUGAGAGUGCUAUUCAGAUUCUCGACUCUGCAAAGAUCAUGUCCAAUGAGAUUACAAAGAAACAACUGAUUGCAGAGAAAACUGAAAUCAAGAUCGCAGAGUCUAGAGAAGGUUAUAGACCUAUUGCCAAGCACUCAUCUAUCCUGUUCUUCAGUAUCGCUGAUUUGACCAACAUAGACCCUAUGUAUCAAUAUUCUCUAAACUGGUUUGUGAAUCUCUACAUCAACUCCAUACAAGACAGUAACAAAUCCAAGAUUCUGGAGAGAAGACUUCAGUAUUUAAUUGAUCACUUCACCUUCAACCUGUACUGCAACAUCUGCCGAUCUCUCUUUGAGAAGGACAAACUCCUCUUCUCCUUUCUCCUCUGCUGCAAUUUGCUCCUAGCAAAGGGGGAACUUGAGCAUUCAGAAUUCAUGUUCUUGUUGACCGGAGGAGUAGGUCUGCAGAACACUGUUCCUAACCCAGAUUCCAGCUGGCUACAGGAAAAAAACUGGGAUGAAAUCUGCAGAGCUAACGAACUGCAUGGGUUACAAGGCAUAAAAGAGGCUUUCAUCAAUAAUCCAGGUGACUUUAAGCCUAUUCAUGAGAGCAAGGAGCCCUUCAGUGUUUCUCUGCCUGCACCUUGGUGUGACCAACUCAGUACCCUGCAGAAAAUGAUCGUUAUUCGAUGUCUCAGACCUGACAAGAUGGAGCCAGGUAUGGUUAAAUAUGUUUCUUCCAAUCUGGGGAAGAAGUUUGUCCAGCCUCCUCCCUUUGACUUGGGUAAGAGCUAUAUGGACUCCAACGCCACCAUCCCACUUGUGUUUGUGCUUUCUCCAGGAGCCGACCCAAUGGCUAGCUUGUUAAAGUUUGCCAAUGACAAGAAAAUGAGCGGCAACAAGUUCCAGUCUAUCUCUCUGGGUCAAGGCCAGGGUCCCAUUGCUUCUAAAAUGAUAUCAACAGCCAUGGAGGAAGGAUCAUGGGUGUGUUUGCAGAACUGUCACUUGGCCGUUUCUUGGAUGACAAGCUUAGAAAAAAUCUGCGAGAACUUCAGCCCUGCGGCAUGCCACCAAGACUUCCGCCUCUGGCUCACAAGCUACCCAUCACCUAAGUUUCCAGUGACUAUCCUUCAGAAUGGGGUGAAAAUGACCAAUGAGCCGCCUACUGGUCUCCGUCUCAACCUCCUGCAGUCUUACUUGUCUGACCCUGUUUCUGACCCAAACUUCUUCAAUAACUGCCCUGACAAGGAGUUGAUUUGGGAAAAGCUUCUGUUUGGCUUGUGCUUCUUCCAUGCACUUGUUCAAGAGAGGAAAAAGUUUGGCCCACUGGGUUGGAAUAUUCCCUAUGGCUUCAAUGAGUCUGACCUCCGGAUAAGCAUCAGACAACUCCAGCUAUUUAUAAAUGAGUAUGAGGAGGUGCCCUUGGAGGCCGUAACAUAUCUGACUGGAGAGUGUAACUACGGUGGCCGUGUGACAGAUGACUGGGACCGGCGGCUCUUGCUGACAAUCUUGGCUGAUUUCUACAACAAAGACAUUAUUGAGACAUUUCGCUACCCUUUCUCACCCAGUGGUGAAUACUUUGCUCCACCCAAAUCAAGCUAUGAUGAUUAUGUUCUCUUUAUUAAGAAUCUUCCAUUCAGCCAAAAUCCAGAGGUGUUUGGGAUGCAUGAAAACGUAGACAUUUCCAAAGAUUUGCAGCAGACAAAGCUGUUGUUUGAUUCACUGCUACUCACUCAGGGUGGAGGGGAGAAGGGAGGGAGCAGCUCUGGGGGGGAUCACACCAUGUUUGAUAUAGCCAAUGACAUCCUCACCCAGCUUCCGAAGAAUUUUGACACAGAAGUAGCUCUCCUAAAGUUCCCUGUCCGCUAUGAAGAGAGUAUGAACACAGUCCUUGUCCAAGAGAUGGAGCGCUAUAACACGUUGUGCAGUACCAUCCGUGUCAGUCUACAGAACCUGUUGAAAGCUAUUAAGGGCUUAGUGGUGAUGGAUGCAGAUCUGGAGGCUGUUGCAGGCAGUUUGAUUGUCGGCAAGGUCCCAGAGAAAUGGGCAAACCGCUCUUACCCAAGCCUGAAGCCCCUGGGCAGUUACAUCAAUGACUUUCUUUCUAGGCUUAAGUUUUUACAGACUUGGUAUGAAACCCAAAAGCCCAAUGUGUUCUGGAUAUCUGGCUUCUUCUUUACCCAGGCCUUCCUAACUGGGGCAAUGCAAAACUACGCCAGGAAAUACCAUAUCCCCAUUGAUCUUUUAGGGUUUGAUUUUGAGGUUCUCUCAAUCGAUACUUCAGAGACGGCACCCGCCGAUGGUGUCUACGUUCACGGAUUGUUUGUCGAUGGAGCUCGAUGGGACAGAGACAGUGGAGUCCUGGCUGAGCAGUACCCCAAAAUACUGUUUGACUCUAUGCCCAUCAUUUGGAUACAACCCACUGAAAAGGGCAGCACCACUGUACCUGACCUACUGUAUGUUUGCCCUCUUUAUAAGACCAGUGAGAGGAAGGGGACUCUCUCUACCACAGGACACUCCACCAAUUUUGUCAUUUCAAUGAUGUUGCCCACAAGCAAGCGCCCGCAGCACUGGAUUAAGCGUGGUGUGGCCAUGCUUUGCCAGCUUGAUGACUGAGGGCAGAUUACAUUUUGCUGGAGAUUUAACUACUGCAUAAUAGUUUUUGGUGUAUGAAAAUAAAUAUAACUCCUGCA